AAAGAAAAAGAACAACGAAAAAAAAAAAAAAAAAAAUGCUUAUCCGCUGUUGUAUCUGCAUUCCCGGCGCUAUUCCUCCUCGGAAUAGCUUUAUCCCGUCUCACUCCUCUCCUCCUCCACCUCCACCGUUCCUCUCUCUUGCGCGCCUCUCCUCUCGAUCGGGAACCCGCGCCCUCGUCCUCUCCGCUAAAUCCCAAGCGACGAGGCGAAGCAAAACCACAGCGGAGCCCGAAGCAGCCGAAGCCGAAUUAGUACCGGAAGAAGAUGGAGGAGGAGGCGAGGUAUUCGAAGGGGAAGGGUCGUUCCCUUUCGCCGAGGGAACGAGCGGAGAUGAUGAGGGGGAUGGCGAUAGAGGCGACGAGGGUCUCGCCUAUUCGAGUGGGUAUAGAGGUGGAAGAGACGAGAAGGACUACGACAGAGAUCCUGAGCUCGCGGAGAUAUUGGGUAGCUGCUUCGAUGAUCCUCAGAAGGCCCAAGCUCGAGUGGAGGAGAGGAUAAGGAGGAAGAGGGGGAAGAUACUGCACGCAAAAACUGGAUCUGCGACCCCCAUGGAAGUUAUAUUCAACAAAUUCGGCUUUUCAAAUUCCUAUAUAUGGUUUGAGUUCUACCAUGCCCCUUUGCCGAAAGAUAUUUCCUUAAUAUGUGAUACUAUUCGAUCCUGGCACAUUGUUGGGCGGCUUGGUGGGUGCAAUUCCAUGAACAUGCAGUUAUCACAGUCACCUUUGGAUAGCAAAAGACCAUCUUAUGACGCUAUCCAAGGAGCAAAUGUAACACCAACAACAUUUUAUAACAUUGGGGAUCUUGAGAUUCAAGACAAUCUAGCUCGUAUAUGGGUAGACAUUGGUACAACUGAGCCACUGCUGUUGGAUGUGCUUAUUAAUGCCUUAACUUGCAUAAGUUCAGAGUAUGAUCUCAACUUUCUCAGUGCCUGUGCAUAUAAAUUGCCAUUUAAGCUAACUCGAAUACAAGGUUGAUAGAUGUUGCUGAUUAAUGCAGUUUUUAAAAGCUAUGUAGGGAUCAGACAAGUAAUGUUCGGAGGGUCGGAAUUCAAGAACUGGAAGGACAACUUGACAUCAGAAGAUGCUGGUUUUAGUACUCAUAGGAUCUAACUUCAAUGUGGUCUUAUCCUUUUCGGCGGAGGAAACCUAUUGGCAAAUCCUCAGCUCUUUGUUGAGAUUCUCUUCAGUAAAGCAUGCGGCUAAACCAAUUCAAGUGUUGUCUCAGGACCUCCUUCCUGUUUUUUGGAAUAUAGAUAAGCAGUUGGUUGCUAAUAGAAAUCAAAUAUUGCCUGCGGGAAAAUAGCAAAAGCGUUUGAUGCUUUCUUCUGCAGAAAGUCAUUUGAAAAAGAACGUGUGUGAGCAAACAUUGCUAUGCUUAUAGGGGUAGAUUGAGGUGGAAUUGCUCUUUAAACGAUGACUAGAAAACAAGAAACAGUUUCAUUGUACUGUUAAUAUGUAUCUCAGUGCUGUUUCUACUAAUGGGGAUGCUAGUUUAUUGAUUAUCAGUUGUUUGCAAAUGGCUAUAAUCUACUGCCCCAAAAAAUUUCAGGAUACUAUGAUGCUGUUGUUGAAGGCUCGAAGCAACCUACUGGAACAUUAAUUCUUUUUCUGUAUCUCUGUUGGAGAUGUUGAAUUUUUAAAAUACUUGCAAUUGUACUAUGAUAAGUGCUUACAACAGAAAAUGAAUUUUUUUCCCUU